AGAAAAAUUUGCGCGUCUCUCUGUCUGCAUCGCUUUGCGUGUGUCUGUGUGUGUGUCUGUGUGUGUGUAUAGCACGGCCUACAUUGUCAAUUAAAAGCAAGGGAAAAAGACGCCGAAAAGAGGUCCUUUGUUCCUUCGCCUUCGCCCUCCAACAAAGCCAGCCAAAAGAUGUCCAGCCUGCGACCCGAGGAGCCCCGGAAGCUGGCCACCGCCGCCUCCGUCUCCCCGCUGAGCAAUUGCCAGUUUAGCGGCGUGGUAAUCAGCGCAAUUGCCGACGAGCAGAAGCUGGAGUUUGCCAACAAAUACAAGGGCAGCUGCACGCUGCUCUGCAGCUACGACUCCCAGGGGGUGGUGCUCCGGGUGGUGGCAGAUGACGACCGCAGCCACGUGCUCAAGGAGUACAUGAUUGCCGCCGACACGGAUGCCGCCCAAAUGGGCCGGCGCAGCUAUGCCGUCUCCCUGGACGCCGACAACCUGGUGCUGCGGUUCGCCAGCGACCAGGACCAGCAGCUCUUCCGCAAGGUGGUGGAGAACGUCAAGCAUCUGAGGCCCAAGUCCGUGUUCUCGCAACGCACCGAGGAGUCGUCCGCCUCGCAGUACUUCCAGUUCUACGGCUAUCUCAGCCAGCAGCAGAACAUGAUGCAGGACUAUGUGCGGACGAGCACCUACCAGCGGGCCAUACUCGGCAAUGCGGUGGAUUUCCAGGACAAGAUCGUGCUGGAUGUGGGCGCCGGUUCGGGGAUUCUAUCCUUCUUUGCCGUGCAGGCGGGCGCCGCCAAGGUGUACGCCAUCGAGGCCUCGAACAUGGCCCAGUAUGCCCAGCAGCUGGUCGAAUCGAACAAUGUGCAGCACAAGAUCUCUGUGAUACCGGGCAAGAUCGAGGAGAUCGAGCUGCCCGAAAAGGUGGACGUGAUCAUAUCGGAGCCCAUGGGCUAUAUGCUGUACAACGAGCGCAUGCUGGAGACAUAUCUGCAUGCGAGGAAGUGGCUGAAGCCGCAGGGCAAGAUGUAUCCCACGCACGGCGACCUGCACAUCGCCCCCUUCUCCGAUGAGUCGCUCUACUCGGAGCAGUACAACAAGGCCAACUUCUGGUACCAGUCGGCCUUCCACGGCGUCGACCUGACCACGCUGCACAAGGAGGGCAUGAAGGAGUACUUCCGCCAGCCCAUUGUGGACACCUUCGACAUACGCAUCUGCAUGGCCAAGUCGGUGCGGCACGUGUGCGACUUCCUCAACGACAAGGAGGACGACCUGCACUUGAUUGACAUCCCCCUGGAGUUCCACAUUCUGCAGACUGGCAUCUGCCACGGACUGGCCUUCUGGUUCGACGUGGAGUUCAGCGGCAGCAGCCAGAACGUCUGGCUAUCCACGUCGCCCACGGCGCCCCUGACGCACUGGUACCAGGUGCGCUGCCUACUGCCCAUGCCCAUCUUCAUCAAACAGGGCCAGACGCUGACCGGUCGAGUCCUUCUAGAGGCCAAUCGGCGGCAGUCGUACGACGUGACCAUCGACCUGCACAUCGAGGGCACGCUAAUCUCGUCGAGCAACACGCUGGACCUGAAGAAUCCGUAUUUUCGGUACACGGGGGCGCCGGUCCAAGCGCCGCCGGGGACUAGUACCCAGAGUCCAUCUGAACAGUACUGGACGCAAGUGGACACGCAAGGAUCGCGCAAUUCUUCAAGCAUGCUAAAUGGCGGGCUCAGCGUGAAUGGCAUGGGCGAUGGCAUGGACAUCACUCACGGACUAAUGCAUCCGCACUAGGACAGCCGCGAAUCGAAUAACAAAACAUCUUUCUGGGAAUUCUCUUCGCUCCAAGUCCGCUCAACUUCUAAGAUUGGUUCUUUUUUUGUCCACUUUUGUUUUGUUACAGUUUAUGUUUAGGUUAUUUAUUGAACAGUGUAAAUUAUUUCGUUUAUUCUCGAAAUUUAGUUGCUUUUAUGUUCUGCACACCUAUGUUUUACCACCCCUAAACUUUCCCCUACACCUUUUAAUUGAUCGGACGAAUUGGAGGAGACCCAGCAUCCCAGCAAGCAACCAACAAACCAACAAACAAUCAACAAAUCAAGGCAGACUAAUGUAGUUGUUUAGAACACGCAGCAUAUUAAUAAGCCUAAGCUAAUUUUAGCCCAUAGUAAUUAGUGUUUUUAACGUAUGUGAAAAGUAAUACCGAUAUUUAACCCACGCGGGAAUUGCGCUUCAGGAAGUUUCUUAGUUAAUAUGCCGAUUGCCAAUUGCAGUUUUUGCCGAAAGCUUUGAACAAACCAACAAAUUCAGAUUGUACUGUAUCUAUUAUGUGUGUUAUAUUAUAUUAUAUUGUGUGUA